AUGACAAGAAGCUAUCUCACAACCAUAUUGGCUCUUCUGCCACUGGUGGCUUCUCAGCAAAUUGGCCUCCCCGACCUUCACCCAAAACUAGACACAUGGAAAUGCACAACUAAACACGGCUGCACAAAACACCAGACAUCAAUUGUGCUAGAUGCCCUCUCUCACCCACUCCACGAAAUAGGUAACCAAAGUGCCUCAUGCGGAGACUGGUCAAAUGGGCUGAACACCGAUCUUUGCGCAACAGCAGAAGAAUGCGCCGACAACUGCAUCCUCGACGGUGUCAACUACGCAGCUCAUGGCGUAGCAACCAAAGGCGACACCCUCAAGCUCCAUCAAUAUAUGAAAGUUGACGGGACAUACUCAUCCGUAUCCCCACGCGUGUAUCUUCUUAACGAAGACGGAAAAAACUACGACAUGCUGCAGCUCCUCAACCAAGAGAUCAGUUUCGACGUGGAUGUCUCGACUCUCGUGUGUGGCAUGAAUGGUGCGCUAUAUUUGGCCGAGAUGCUCCAGACUGGUGGACGAAACGAGCUCAAUCCCGCCGGCGCACAGUACGGGACUGGAUAUUGCGAUGCGCAGUGUCCGGUUCUCCCAUGGGUGAAUGGCGUGGCGAAUGUUGGGUCUUCUGGAGCUUGUUGUAAUGAGAUGGAUCUUUGGGAGGCGAAUUCUGUGUCAACGGGGUAUACACCUCACGCAUGCAACAUCACGCAGGUUUAUGAAUGUUCUGGGGAUCUCUGUGGGAGUGAUGGUGUUUGUGACAAGUCGGGUUGUGGGUUUAACCCUUAUGCUCUUGGUGACCAUGAUUACUAUGGGUAUCGGGGGAUUGUUGACACGAACAAGCCAUUUACGGUUGUGACGCAGUUUUUGACGGAGGAUAGUACUGCGACGGGGACAUUGAAAGAGAUUCGUCGGUUGUAUGUGCAGAAGGGAAAAGUGAUUCAGAAUGCGGUGACACAAGUGUCCGGCAGCAAGGUUGAUUCUAUCACUGAGGAGUAUUGUUCGAAUUCUGCCAGCUACUUUGAGCAGAUGGGAGGUUUGACGCAAAUGGGCAAGGCGCUUGGUCGAGGAAUGGUCUUGAUUUUCAGUAUUUGGAAUGACUCAGGUGCUUUCAUGAACUGGCUAGAUAGCGGCAGUGCUGGGUCUUGCAAUAGCACCGAAGGAAACCCCGAGUUGAUUAUUGCGCAGCAUCCGGAGACAUCUGUUACAUUUUCCAAUAUCAGAUGGGGAGAUAUUGGGUCUACUUUUAAGGGAAGGUAG